AUGUCACAACCUUUGAAGUACAUUAAAGACUCUUUUCUAGUAAUCGUUCUGGGAAUUGAAGGGAGCUCCAAAGACGUUUCUGAAAGUGCUGAUGUUGAUUCUCUAGACGCACAGGAUUCUAUUGGGGCUCCAGUCGAGAAAAAAUCCCCGUUAGGGUAUGAGGUGACAUAUUUGUCUGCGUUUUAUCUGAUUAUACAGGGUGUGAUUGGUACUGGUAUCUUUGCAACUCCUGCCACUGUUUUGAAAUCUGUUGGCUCUGUUGGCGCUUCUUAUCUGUUCUGGUCUGUUGGAUUCAUUGUCACUAUCUUGCAGAUUUUCAUGUACGUGGAGUAUGUCACCUACUAUAGAAGACGGUCCGGUGCAGAGGUGGUUUACCUGGAACAGGCCUAUCCCAACCCUCAGUUUAUGGUUCCUGUCGCAUACGCUGCUACUACCAUCGCCUUAUCGUUUGCAACUUCUUCUGCCUCCGCCUUCGCAACAUAUAUAUUCAAAGCAGCCAACUACGAGGCUACUGCCUGGGAAUCCAGAGCUCUUGGAGUGUUGCCAUUGAUUUUGUGUGCACUGAUAAGUGCAGCUAGCACGAAGUUUGCCAUGAGACUGAACAGCUUGAUUGGAUUUGUCAAAGUAAUAUUCGUCUUGUUCAUUUCUUUUUCGGGAUUUGCUGCACUUUCUGGUGCCACCAAAGCGCCAAAAGAUCAUUCCAUAUUUCAAAAUGCAUGGGAGGGUACAACUACCGACGGAAAUGCUAUUAGCAAUGCGAUAAUGAAGGUUGUUUUUGCGUUUGGAGGUGCGCCUUAUGCAUUUGCCGUUGUCGCAGAGACCAAUCCAAAAAGCACAAUCAGGACUUACAAAUACUUUGUUCCAUUUGCUUUGCUGUUCAUAUACGUCCUCUACAUUCUCUGUGUGACCGCUUACUACGCAGGCAUUGGAAACAUUGAUGAUAUCAAAAAUAGCGGAACACUGAUUGCGGCUGUGUACUUCGAAAAGAUUUUCGAAACGGAAAGUGCAACAAAAGCUGUGUGUGCCUUUGUGGCAAUUUCUGCAUUUGGACAUUUAUUAACAGUCUACAUCGCACAUUCGAGAUCACUAAGAGAAUGUGGUAGACAGGGUGUUCUGCCUUUUCCCAGAUUAUGGACUAGUGUCAAGCCAUUUGGAACUCCAAUAUUUCCGAUAUUUGUCACAUUGGUGGUUAAUCUCAUAGUUCUGCUGGCCCCACCACCCGGUGAUGCAUACAACUUUGUGGUCGAUCUGGGUUCUUACUCCGGCUACAUAUUCAAUGCUUUACUGGGUAUUGGACUAUUCAGGAUUCGGAGAUUCAGAAAAAAACAAGGGCUUGGUUACAGAGAGUUUCAUCUUCCAACACCAGUGCUUGUCAUUGUCCUCCUUUGGUAUUUUUUCGUUCUAGCUAUGGCAUUUGUUCCUCCAAAAGGAACCUUGAUUGGAAGCGAUGUUUCAUUUUUCUAUGCAACAUAUCCACUUACUACGAUUGGCCUAUUCAUUGGCUGUUUUGCAUACUACUUUGUGUGGGCCAAAGUACUUCCCAAAUUUGGAGGCUAUCAACACAGGAUUGAGAGUUAUGUUCUUGAGAAUGGUGAAUCGGGGCAUAGAGUGGCUAAAGUCCCUCUCAGUGAACUUGCUGAAUGGGAGUCGAAACAUGCCUAUCAUUUUGGUGGCCUCAGCGGAGGAUUUGACGAUGCUGAAGAGACGAAGAGAAGUACGGACGACAGUUUUGUUGAACGAGUCGACCUGGGUGAUCUAUCGAAAGACAGCAAAUCAGACAGAUGA